UUACAUCAGAUUUCCCAUCAGAGUUCCCCCAUACAUCAGGGUCCCCCUUACAUCAGGUUCCUCAUCAGAGUUUCCUCCAUGCAUCAGCUUCCCUGUCAGGGUCCCCUUUACCUCAGAAUUCCCAUCAGAGUCCCCCUUACAUCACAUUUCCCAUCAGAGUCCCCCCUCACAUCAGGGUCCCCCUUACACCAGGUUCCCCAUCAGAUUGCCCCCAUACAUCAGGUUCCCCACCAGAGUCCCCUUACAUCACGUCCCCAUCAGAGUUUCCUCCAUACAUCAGGUUCCCCACCAGAGUCCCCCUUACAUCAGGAUCCCCAUCAGAGUCCACCUCACAUUACAUUUCUCAUUAGAAUCCCCCCCUUACAUCAUGUUCCCCACCACCAAAGUCCUACCUUACAUCAGGUU